AUGUCCGGACCUCACAAGGCACACGUCGACGAGGAGGACCUCGACGAACUCGACGACGUCCUCGAGCAGUUCUCCGCCCCACCCGCAAAGGCCCAACCGACACCGAAAAGCACAAACAACCCCUCCUCCACCGCCGCCUCCACCACCAGCUCCUCUUCCGGACCUCGAACCUCAAAAUCUCCACAACCCAGCACCAGCACAAGCACCAACACCGCAGAGCCUCUCGACUUUGGCGCAGACUUUGAAAAGGAGCUCGCAGCGGGGAUGGCAUCGCUCUUUCGCGAGAUCUCUACCGAUGCCGGGCUCGACCCGGAUGCACUGAAGGUCGAGGAGGGAGACGGCGAGAUGACCGAGGAGGAGCGAAACCGGCGGGAGGCAUUUCAGGCGGCGUGGGAGCGGAUGCUGGUCGAGGGGAUGGAUGGCGCGAUGGACGUGGAGGAGCUGGUAGGGACGAGUGAAGGGAAGGGAAAGGGGAGGGAAACGGAUCUGGGCGCGGACGCGAUGGGGAGUGAUGGUGCGGAGGAGAAGGCAGGGAAUGGAAAUGGAGGAGCGGUGCCGGAGGAUGAUUUCCAGGCGAGCAUCAGGAAAGCGAUGGAUAAGCUCAAGGAGAGUGAUUCUAAUCUGCAGGCGGAUACGGAAGGUUCGCUCGACGACCUCGUCCAGAAGCUCACGGCAGGAAUAGACCUCGGCAGCGGAGGCGAGUCAGACGAAGAACUACAGAAAAUGCUCGAGAACAUGAUGACCCAACUCAUGAGCAAAGACAUCCUAUACGAGCCGCUAAAGGAAAUGCACGUAAAGUUCCCAGAUUAUCUGAAAGACAACGAAGCCAAAAUCUCACCAGAAGACAAGAAGCGGUACCUCUCGCAACAAACGGCCACCGCGAAGAUCGUCGCGAUAUUCGAGAACCCAUCAUACUCGGAGACGAACCAAGGUAUGAAUGCGCAGAUAACGACCCUCAUGAAUGAGAUGCAAUCAUACGGCGCGCCGCCAGCAGAGAUCAUGGGCCCAUUACCACCCAACUUUGACCUCGACGCGGACGGGAUGCCCAAACUUCCGGACAACUGCGUCAUCGCGUGACCCUAUCGACUCGGAUGCUUGUGCGCCCCCAACGAUUAUCACUAUCACUUGUGCGUUGCAUUUGGCUUGGAGGUCCGAUCAUGCUGUAUCAUUAAUCUCUCGGGGGACUAUCAUGAUGGAAGGAUACCAUGCUUACGGUGGUCCGUGAACCUCGUGCUGGCAAUCCCGCUGUCAACAUCUGAAGGUGUAGAACGUCCUUUGAACUCUACCUAGCGAUGGUCCGAUUUUGAUUCGCGCUAAAAGCCCAUGGUAUGUCACACAGCCAGUGGCACUCAUCACUAUGUAGUCGGUCAAUGCAUCCUAGUUCCCCGGAGUGCUCGCCACCGGUGCGUCAUAUAUAAGCAGUAGAGAUCCAACCACAUCUGUACGUUGCUCGACAAAUAACGAACUGCUAUGACUUUACGAAAGUUUGGUCCGACGGAAACAUUAUGAGAAACGCAUCCGAGCCGACA